CCCAUUCAGGAAGCGUGAUUCAGGCAGAAAUACGUCGUGUCUUCACAGUCGCUUUGUUUGUUCUACUUAUAUCAUGGCUCAGAAUUUCGUCCAAGCUCAAAUUAAAGGAGACAAAGUGGUCGUGUUUCUGAAACCGACGUGUCCUUACUGCGUGCUCGCUAAAGACGUGUUGUCCAAAUACAGCUUUAAACCCGGACAUUUAGAGUUUAUCGACAUCAGCGGUCGCGACAACAUGGACGACAUUCAGAAAUACUUACAGCAGAUUACAGGCGCUAGGACUGUGCCACGUGUGUUUAUAGGUGAGAAGUGUAUCGGAGGAGGCAGUGACGUGGAAGGACUUCACAAAGAUGGAAAACUGGAAGGCAUGCUGCAGAAAAUUGGAGCGCUGCAGUGAGAUGUUGGCUGUGCCGCCUGUGGGACCUCACAUGAUGCUGCAGCGGGACUUGCGAAGCUGCCGUCUGCGCUGUUGGUACUCGCUGAGCUCCUGCAGGUAGCCUCUUGAGGGCCAGCGUAGCCGCUCCACCUGCUCCCGCUCCUCCUCUGCCCAACAGCAACACUGUGAUCAUAAAGAAAACACAGCAACACCCCCUCACCCCCGACACAUACCCACGCAGUGCCUUUUCACCAUAUGCUUUACACUCUUUCUAAAAUAUUAACCACUUAAACACAUCGAAACAGAUCAUGACAUAUAAACUGCAUUGAUUAUAUAGCACUUGCUUGGCAUCAUGGAUCUCCUGUAAGUCCAAAUCAUUUUUGGCCUCGUCUCAAUCAGCUCCUUAGCUCACUUGAUAUUGAAGCAGUAUAUUAUGUACACAAAUUCACACACUACACAUGGGGUCACUGAUGAUAUUCUAAUUUCUUCAUCAGUCCCCAGGUUUAAAAACCUUGAAUAUGUUAACAUUGAAAGUUGAAUGUCAUUCACGUUUGUUAGCUUAAUCACAUGCAUUUCUGUCACAAUAUUUCAAAGCAGGCUGGUAGAGAUCAUAGGCUAGCAAGUGGAUUUUGAACACUUAAUUGUCAUUGUCAAUUAUUGUCAAUUAUGUGAAUUUUUUUUAUACGGAGCAAAUAUUUCAGUUCACAGAAAGGAUUUUGCAGUUGAGAGUGAGCCCUUAAAACGGGCGACUCCCUGAUCAGCGCCUUGACUAGUGAAGCAGUGAGCUGAUUGAGACGCACUCAUGGUGUUAUGUUUAAGGUCAUUGAAAAACAUUGAAAUUUUUGUUCCUCUGGACACCUGAAAUAUUUGUACCUCUGUUUCAAAUCAUUAAAAAUAAUCUGUAGAGAAUAAAAA